UGGAUCAUGAAUGGAUAUAAUAUUUCAGAAGACUUUCGUGAAUUUCAAACACAAACAGUGGAACUGUUAAAGAAUAAUAACCCAUCUCUCUCAUACGCUACAGAUGUUGAACAAAUAUUAUGUCUCUCUUCGAUAAUAUACGUGAAAGAAGACAAACCCGAGUAUGUCAAAUGCUCCGAUCAGAUCUGGAAGAGUGCGUUGCCUAGACUAUUAACCCCCGAAACAUUGCCAGUUGUUGUUAAGCUCAUGAUCUUGGAGUAUAGCGAGCUUCUAACGAAUAAAGAUUUGUUACUAAAAUCAUGGCAUCAAAAUUGGGCGAAAUGGGACCCUGCAAUGACCGAGGAAGAGAAGAAAAUAUUUGACUGCGUACAACUUGUUACGAGAAACUUUUUCUUGACCUUAACAUCAAAUGAAACUGAUCACAAGAUGGAAGAAGAUACCUUCGCUCAUAGAUAUAUCCAUGUAUUGUUAGAGGAAAUUUUUAACACAGAUGAUUAUAAAUUCGUUUG